UCAACAAACGACCCCGGGAGUGAGUCGAUGAAAAGGAAGAACCGACAGAACCCCGGACAUCCUGCCGGACUCUUGAGAAGAGAAGUUCUAUGAGAAGUUGACAUUUUAAAAGUGACUUAAAAGAGAAUAUUCAAUUAAUGAUUUUCUCACUUUGCAAAUUGGCAAACUUGUGGCUCAAAACGCUGUGCGAGGUGGAAAGAUGACGGUGACAUAACUUCUCAUCUCUGGAUCCAUUCACUGAGUUUAUCUGUCACUAAAUAAAUGUCACUGGAGAGUCGCUAACCCGGACUGGCACGCUCGGUGUCCGGGAGCUGAAGCCCACAGGACGCAGGGAACCGUGAACCGCAGCGGCUUGCCGGGAUGGUGCGCCUGCUGAACUGCCUGCUGCUGGGAUAUCUGACCUGGAAUCUGCGGAUAUCGGACGCACAGGGGGAGUACUGCCACGGCUGGCUGGACGCUAAUGGGAAUUAUCAUGAGGGCUUCCAGUGUCCGGAGGACUUUGACACCAUGGACGCCACCGUGUGCUGCGGCUCCUGCUCGCUGCGGUACUGCUGCGCGGCCGCGGACGCGCGGCUGGACCAGGGCAGCUGCACCAACGACAGGGAGGUGGACGACACCGAGUUCGCAGCGCAGCCCGUCUACGUGCCCUUCCUCAUGGUGGGAAGCAUCUUCGUCGCCUUCGUCGUGGUCGGCUCCCUGGUGGCCGUCUACUGCUGCACCUGCCUGCGGCCCAAGCAGCCGACCCAGCAGCCCAUUCGCUUCUCCCUGCGUAGCUGCCAGGGCGAAACCAUCCCCAUGAUCCUCACCACCGCUCCCCCGAGCCUCCGCGCCCCAUCGCGACAGUCCAGCACCGCCACCACCAGCUCCAGCUCGGCCGGAGGCGGCAGCUCCAUGCGGAGGUUCUCCCUCGGGGGUCAGGGGCAGCAGCACGGCUGCCUGGUGUCUGCCACCGUCUCCUCGUCAGCCUCCACCCCCACGCAGACCCCUCAGACUCUGCCUCCACCUCCGCCUCCUCCUUACACAUCCCCACCGGCGGCCAUGUCAGGAGGCAUCCAACACCCCACCACCCACACCCAGCUCCAGCUCCACCAGCCCUCCAUGCCCUCUCAGAGCACCGGGUUCCUCCUGCCGCAGCAGUACUUCUUCCCCCUGCAGCCCGACGCCUUCACAGCGGCCAAGAGCUUCGCCGACUUCGGACAGAGCUGACAGGGCUCCCAGCGGCGGAAAUAGAGGGAUUACAAUAUUUUCAGAUGGUGGGAUGUGAGCCGGCGAGGACAAACACACUGCAACACAGCUGGCGGUGUUUGGGUGGAGGGCCCGGGCCAGCUCAAUGGACACAGAGAGAGCAACAGGAGGACGAGGGAUAAAGUACAACAAAGCUGCUGUGGUGGAGCGACGUGGCCUGAGGCGCUUCCCCCUCUGCAUCGCACAUCAGGACACAUCCACAGAGCUGUUAGAGGCACUAACAGUUUGGAAUCUCGUGCACUUUUAUCUUUUAUUGUAAACAGACCUCACUGGCCUUCAUUUUUAUUUUUUAUACAUGCUGUUUUUAAAGGGGACAGCUCACCAUACAGACUAAAACCUUAGCAGCGUAUCAAACACCUUCUUUUAAAAACAGAAAUACUGUAGGCAGCGACACUGUCAAACUCAGACUCUGAGCAUUGUUACUUUGUUAGAAAUAGAUGUUGGAAACCAGGGAAAUUUCGUGUUUUUUGACAAUCGCAAGGACCUCUGAAGGAAGGGAUGACCUGAUACACAAAGGUCGUUUAAUUUUGGAAGAAAUGUGGACUUUUAUAAGAUGUUGUACAGGCAUUAUAGCCGCAGCAGGGUUGUCAUGUUGAUUCC